AUGGCAGCUGCCCAGGCAGAGGUGGAGUCAUCUCUGAAUGCACACUCAGCCCCAGGUGCUGCAGGGACAGCCGUGAGCCCUGUAGCCGCAGAUGCAGCCGCAGCGGCAGCGGCCCCGACCGGAUCGCAAGCCCAGGUCUCCAAGGCCGCCCUGGCUGCUAAGCUGCUGUCGCUCAGCGGCGUGUUCGCCGUGCACAAGCCCAAAGGGCCCACGUCAGCCGAGCUGCUGAAUCGGCUGAAGGAGAAGCUGCUGGCAGAAGCUGGAAUGCCUUCCCCAGAAUGGAACAAGAGGCAAAGGCAGACACUGAAACUUGGACAUGGAGGGACACUGGACAGUGCUGCACAAGGUGUUCUGGUGGUUGGAAUUGGAAGAGGAACAAAAAUGUUGACCAGUAUGUUGUCGGGGUCCAAGAGGUAUACUGCCAUUGGAGAGCUGGGGAAAGCUACGGACACGCUGGAUUCUACCGGGAAGGUGACAGAUGAGAAGCCGUACGAUAAAAUAACACGAGAAGAUAUUGAAGGCGUUCUGCAGAAGUUUACAGGGAAUAUAAUGCAAGUACCCCCACUCUAUUCUGCACUGAAGCAGGGUGGGCAGAGGCUUUCGGCGUUGAUGAAGAGAGGGGAAGCGGUGGAGGCCAGACCCGCCAGGCCAGUGACCGUGUACAGCAUCUCCCUCCUGAGCUGCCAGCUACCACUCUUCACCCUGGAUGUUGAAUGUGGAGGCGGCUUCUACAUCAGAAGCUUGGUCAAUGACAUUGGCAGAGAACUCUCUUCCUGCGCCCACGUGCUGGAGCUGACGCGCACCAAACAGGGGCCAUUUACACUUGAAGAGCACGCCCUCCCCGAAGGCAGAUGGACCAUCGAUGACAUCGCACGGUCCCUUGAACACUGCACGUCUCUUUUGCCAGAUGAGUUGGCGUUCAAAAAACCAAAAUCUGAGAAAUGCAGUGACCAGGCUUUAAGCUAUGAAUAUAUAACUCUAAGCGAGACAAAGAGAGCGGAGGAUGCGACCAAGACGCUCUGAGGCUGCCCCAGGGCCGCCUCCUGCGUCUCCUGGUUGGUUGCUGUGUGUCACGUGUCUCUUUGCAGGGUGUGCUAAUGCCGCCGAACGAUGAAUGUGAUUGGAUUCAGACAAAUCGGCUGUCUGAAUUUGAUCUUUCCUUAGUCUUUUUCGUAUGAAAAAGUAAGCAGUUUUCUAAUCACAGAAAACAGGUAUUCCUGUUAGUCUCACCGAAGCGGGUUUACUGAGUGUCACGCUCGCUUUAUUAAAACUGCCAGGGGCUCCCAUUGCUCUGAAAGUCCUUGGGUACGCAUGAAGUGUUCAGUAUUGAGCUGCCCCGUGUGUUUGCAGAGCCCAUGGCUGCUGUGAAACACAGUACUGACAGACUGUACUCACCUGUGCCUGUCGCUCAAAUCUUGAAAAUGACUACUGUUUCCUAAUAAACAUUUGCCACUGCCCAAACUUCUGUGCUACACCAGCAGAACGUAAUGGGUCAACCCGUGCUGAAUCUUACCUCCCGUUCAGAGCAAACCUCGGCUCCUGUAGCUGUGCGUUGUGGCCGCUAUGUCUCUGGUCAACCACAUCAUAUCAAAUUACUAAAAAUGCGGUUUUUAGGCUAUACAGUAAUGAGUGUAUCUUGGAUUAAAAUUCUCUCCCACCUGCUCGUUA